AGGAUUGCAGAGUACCAGCACCGUCCCAUCGCUGACGGAGUACGUCCAACCAGGAUGCAGACAUGCAGUGUGGGCCAGACAUGUUGGAGGAACUGUUGGCUAACCUAAACUAUGUUUUUUGAGGAUAGGAAGACAUAGAAGACCAAGAAGAACAGUAGACUCCUCGCCACUGGUACCAAAAUCAGCCCAGAGUUUAAAGAUGAGCCGUUUUGCUUCCAGACAAACCCCUUCAAAAGAACUAAGGUAUCACCACUGCAAUAUGGAAGCCUCACAGUAUCACCUCAAGGACGUGAUGAAAAGAAGGCAGUCUGAUUUAAAAAGUAACCAGAAAAAGAGGGCUCUGUCAAGCUCAAGUGAAAGGGUGAACUAAAGGUGCAGAAGAGGACAGUUUGAAGACAUGGAGACAAACUCACUCUCUCAUCACACUGAUUUGUGUACCAGUGAAAAAGCGGAGGGAGAUCAUUGUCACACUUUUCCACUAGGAGAGUCUGAUCAAGACUCUGACAAAGUCACAAAUCCAGGAUACACUGGCAAACUGGAUCACUUACAAAGCCCAAAAAGUUGUUCACUGAACUCUGACACUGCUGGAGACUCAGAGCCAAGUUAUCUUGGUUUUUGUACGCCUUUAUUCACCACCACUGAAAUCUCAUCCAGUUCACCAACUGUAAACUCAAAUGUGAACCCACCAUUUGCAAGUUAAACCUGAUGACAGAGGGCUCUGUGGAGGGGAAGAGCCAAGACAGACUCCAAGAAAUGCAUCAAAUAAACAUGACAUGGAGCAAGACGAAAUGGGAACAGAGAUCAUGUGGAAGUUACGUGCUAACCGUAUAAAACAAAUCCUCUCCUCACCAAUCACAGAGUUUGGUCAGUUCACCAUGUCCAGGAGAGCAGGCCUUGACUUUAAUGUUGGAUUUGGCUCAAAGAAAAACAACAAUGUUAACUCUUUGUCUAAUUCUGUUCUGCUUGAAGUUGCUGAAUUUGCCUUGGCAAUGAAUUCAUCUCAACAGGAUUUCAUCAUGGAGAUUCUUGAGUACAACUUUGACUUUGGCCUGCAGAGUCAACACCAGAGGGAUCUUUUCAUAUGUGAAAUUAUGAAAAGAGUAAGAAAACCGAGAAGUUGUGAAGAUGCAGUUAAAUUCUCAAAAGAGGUUUUUCAACUUCCUGGUCUGCUGCCAUCAAUAAAUGUGAAAAAUCAGAGCGUGCGCAAUGUUAAUAUUGAGCUUAGCAGCGAAUCGAGAAUGGAAGAGUGUGGCACUGCUCCCAGGUGUCCUUAUUCCAGUGAUGAAACCAAAGAACAUAUUUCAGAGAAGGUUGUGGUUUCUUAUCCAUUCUGCAAGGAAAUAGGUCUAAAACUACAUGUAAACCAAUGUCAACCAAACACAAAACUGAAUAUCACCAAACUGACCAAUGGAGCAAUGACUGAAGUGACAAACGUUGCAGAAAAGUUGUGUGGAACAUUUGAGCAGAUUUUUCUUGACCUCCUUAGACACAACUUGGAUCUUGAUUCACACAGUGGAGAUUCUGACCUUGCCCGAGAUAUUCUUGCAAGAAUUCCUGCUAUUUUGGAGAAAAAGACUCUAUCAGGUUGUGUAGAAGGUGAAAGGUACAAGCAAAUGAAGCACAUAAAAAAUCGUUUGGUUGCAUGUAGUGCUAGUUCUGCCCAGUGUGCGAUCAUCAACCGAAAUAUGGGAAAUUCCUCUGACAUUGAACACCAAAAUCAGCUACAUUUAAAACUGUGGAAACUGCGGGCCAGUCAUAUUCAGCAAAUCCUUUCAGUGCCUCAUGGAGAACAUUUCCCAUUUUAUUCUUACUCCAGAUGCAGAAAAUUGGGCAUUGAUUUCAAUGUAGGAUCUGGAGUUAAACAAAAUCUUGAUCCCAAAUUACUGAUCAAUGGCAUUAUGCUUGAAUUGAAUACUUUUGUCACAACACUGCUAUCAGCCAAAAAAUAUUUCAUCACAGAGAUACUGGAGUAUAAUUUUGAUCUUGAUUUCAAGAAUGAGCUGAAUCGCAGUGCCUUUGCGCAACAAAUUGUGGAUAAAAUUAGAGUAACUGCGAAAAGAAAAUACAGCAUUCCUCGAAUAAACAGGCAGUUUGAACUCCCUGACACAAGGUGCAUGCCAGAUGCUUGUUUUUACAGAACUACAUAUUGUCCCAAAUGCUAUCAAGACAGAAAUCAUAGGCUUUUUCAGGACAAAUCUGACCCUGGUCACAAUGGUCAUCCUCAUCCACACAUCAUGCUGCACACAGUCUCUGCAGAUGGAAACUGCACAGAGCAAAAGCCUCCAAAGGAUCUGUACACUGGCUUCUCAACCCUAGGGAAGAACGUCAUGGAAGACUACCCUCUCUGCAAGAAUAUAGGUUUAAACCUUUUUGUGGACAAAGACCAACCAAAAGAUAAGCUUGACAUACAUGUAUUGACACAUGGGACUAUUCAUGAAGUGGCCAAUUUUGCCAAAAUGAUGUGUGGAACAAAAACAAAGAUAAUUAACGAUAUCCUUGAACACAGUUUCAACAUUAAUAUGCAGGGGCGAGCAGUAUAUCCAUCACGAAUGAUCCACAGUAUAACAUCUGAUGAUGGUGAGGAGGCCUGGUUCAAUGAAGUUUUUGUUAUUCCACCAUUUCCUCACAGACAACAUGGACAUGCAAGUAAACUGGAUGACGCGUUUGCCAUGCAGAGAAAUGAAAUGAAAGAAACUGUCAACAAAAGAAAGCUGGCACUGCAAACAAAGAAGGAAAGAGCCACGCUGCCCAGUCAUGAAAUAUGUUUUCCCAAAAAACCCAGGGGAAACCCUUGGAGUCAGACAAGCCGUUUUCUCAUUUGCAUGGAGAUAGGUUUGGAUCUAGACGUGACAUCAAAACCAGGAAAGAAAAAAAAACUUGACCUGAAGCUAUUAACAAAAGCUAUAGUGUUGGAAAUAUAUAAAUUUGCAGUCAGGAAAACCCACCAUUAUUUGCCACAAAGUCUGUAUGCCAUCCUUGACUAUAACUUUGAUCUUCGCUCACAACAUCACAGGCACUGGGAAUUUACCAUGGCAACUGCAUUUGAAGUCCAAAGCUUGGUCAAGCAAUAUCGUAAAAAAACAAGACAAAGCAGAUGAGGUCUUCAAGCUGCCAUUUGUGUUCGCUCCCAAGUCACCAAGGAAACCUAAGAGAAGAGGACGUUUUGGAGGUGAAGGGCAAACACAGACACCAGUUAAUGUACAAAACGAAUGUGACAUGGACCAGGGUUCACAGAAAAUGAAGUGGGCAUCUAUCAGAAAUAACAUCCUCAAAAUACUUGACUCAAGAGGAAGUUGUGUUUUACACUAAACAGAUGCAACUAGCUGCCUUCGUUGUUAUGAAAAUGUAUUUCUUGUAGAGAGAUGCUGUAGCUGAUGACUCAUUCCAAUUCUUCAGGGAUGUAUACUUAAAAGCUCACUGUCAAACUAUUAUUCAAAAUUUUGAGGCCGAAAAAGACGGAAAGAUCUGACCAGAAUGUUUCAAUGCAAAGGGCUGUGAAUAUUAUGCUUUGAAGUUUUGUACCAAAAAGGAAAAAGUGGAAAUUCUAAAAGCUUUUAUUUAUUUAUUUUUUUUUGGACAUUUGUAAGAAUUUAUAGAAGGAUAUUUUGCCACUGAACUUUACUAUAUGGAUUGCAGAUAGUUUUGUAGUCAUUAAAGACAUUUUGGCCUGGAGGCCCAAAGAGAAGGCAAGAUCUAAUUAAAAUGUUUGAACGUAAAGGGCAGUCAAUAUUGUGCUUUGAAGCUUUGUUCUAAAAAGGUUAAUAUGCCACAGCUGGACAUUCUAUAAUCUUCUUUUUAAUGUUUUGUUUUCCAUCUAUGGUCACUUUUUGUUUUUUUAUCUUUGAAAGAAUUUGUGUAAGGAUAUUUUGAGACUGAACUUUACUUUGUGGAUAGAUUUUAUUCUGGUCUGUUUUCAAAAGUGCUUGUUCUCCAUUUUUUGUCAUUUUUUUUUUACUUGUUUGUUUUUACUCACCCUUUUCUGAUCUCAUACUAGUGAUUUCUGUUUUUAUGUUUUAAUUUUUCAAAAGGGGCGGCACGGUGGUGUGGUGGUUAGCACUCUCGCCUCACAGCAAGAGGGUUGCCGGUUCGAUCCCAGGUGUGGGAGCCCUUCUGUGUGGAGUUUGCAUUUUCUCCCUGUGGCAGCGUGGGUUCUCUCCGGGCACUCCGGCUUCCUCCCACAGUCCAAAGACAUGCAGAUUGGGGACUAGGUUAACUGAUAACUCUAAAUUGUCCGUAGGUGUGAAAGUGAGCGUGAAUGGUUGUCUGUCUCUAUGUGUCAGCCCUGCGAUAGUCUGGCGACCUGUCCAGGGUGUACCCUGCCUCUCGCCCGAUGUCAGCUGGGAUAGGCUCCAGCCCCCCCGCGACCCCCAAGAGGAUGAAGCGGUUAGAAGAUGAAUGAAUGAAUGAAUGAAUGAAUUUUUCAGCAGGAAAAAAUAGCUUACAAUGACAAUGAAAAUAUAUUGUAAAUUUUAAAAACUGACCAUGUCUUGAAGCUCUGAUGUAAAUUUGUAAAGAAGAGUGCACCUAUACUUUAUUCAUAGUUUGUAUACACUGCAUAAUACAGAUGUACACUGCAGAAAUGAUAAUGACCUGUAUCUGGUUGGACUUGUCUAGUGGUUAUUGCUACUGAAAUACAUUAUAUAAAACAUUGAAAACAUCCUGUCCUUUUCCGUGUGCUUCCUUUUAAGCACCAUGAACUUGUACCAUAAAUGAUAGGCUUGUGGUUUAUGAUUAUUUGCUGAGUGUGCUGCAGAUAAAUCUCACUGCUCUUAGUGUUCGCUCAUCACUACUUUAAGAGCAUCGAGCAACACUUGUUCUAUGUUAAAUUGUCAUAUUCUCAGUUCAACCAAUAGAAGUAUCAGGAAAAGUAAGGUUAUGACACUUGUAAUACUAAAAGUGGGGUCCUGGUGCUGCUCCACACCACCACCUUUCUUGUUUCCAUCAGGCACAGCAAAGACUGUCUAGCCACACAGUCCAGAUUACACCUUUGUCAUUAGUUUAAGGUCCACACAGUUUGAUAUAUUCAGCAUUGUACUGAAGGCUUGAUGUAGAAGGUAGGGCAGCAUAUUGACAAUGUGGUUUCUUCAGUCUACCUUAAAAAUAUUUGAAUUCCUGCCACCUGUCACUAAACCCCAAGUGAAAGCCUUUUGUCUGUGACUCGGAUGAAGAACACCUCAUGUGGCUGAAAGGCAGGUCUGUCAGAUGUUACAUUUAUAUUUGAAUAUGUUUAAAUGCACUUCGGAUCCACUUUGUUUGAACUAAUCUGACAGCAUCCAGUCAAGUUGCAGGAGAACCAUGAAGAGCGCCAGCUGGAAAAAUUAUCCCUAAAAUAAUUUUGGUCCUAUACAAAAGUAUGUGGUAGUCAAAAAACAAACUGCAGUGUGCAAAACUUUAAACAUACUAGUUUUAACAAAUAAGUACACAUUUUUGAAAGCAUUCAUGAUUUUUGUCAAUGUAUUUAAGAGGCUGGGUGUUUCCUUUUGUGAAAUAAAAACAUCUGUGUAAUAACAGGUGCAAUUAUUCAACUACAGCAAUACCCUGUGCGGUUAUUUAACAGUGCAACAUUCUUCACACUCUUGAAUGGAGGCUAUAUUUAUAUCUUAAAGUUUCAACCACGAAAUGUGAUGAGGUUUUGAUCCUUGUCCACUUUUGUGUCAGAAUCGGCUGCAGACUAACUUGGCAGAGAUGGCUGCCAUCUUGUUUUUACAUGGAUUAGUGUAUUGUGCUUUUACUACUCUUAAACAUACCACCUCAAAUUAUCAUUUGUUCCAGCCUUCAUUAAGCUAUUGAACAAUGUUAAAAACUAGUGCAUUAAAUACACGGCACUUUAGCACUCAGCACUUUUUCUUGCACUUUAGACGUCUCUGUAUGUUUCUGUGUUGUGAUUGUUAAAUGUAGUCCAUGUCUGUUUUAUGUGAUAGAACUGUCCCUGUGAUAGUGUUUUUAUCUUGUCCUGUGAAGCAAUGAAAUGUAGCACUGUUCCCAAGAUGAAU